GGAUCCAUAGCUCAUAAAUUUAGUAUUUUAUGAUUUUCUAACGAAUCUCUGACAUCGAACGAAUAAUAAUACAAAUUUUGAUAAGGAACUGAAUUUUAAUAAAACUUUAAAGGAGGAUUUAUUAGGUUUUACUUUUCUUAUAUUGAAAUUUCCAUUGUCCAAUUACAUAGGUGUGUAGCCUUUUGUUCGAACUUAAAUUUAAGUUUCUUAUUGCUUCAAAAUGAUAGCCUUCAAUUUUACAUCACUGAAUCUUUUCUUAAACAUGAUCGUUCAUGCUUAUUCAAAGUAAAGUUAGAUGCAAAUACAUAUGCCUACAUAUUGUUAAAUGCAGCCAGAAAUUUCUGUAUAAAUAGCUGUUUCAGUUUAGGAUGUAUCUCAUACCGUCGACGAUGAAUCUCAGAGAAGAACUUUUACAAGUUGAAGAGGAAGUUUUGUUCAAGCCUUGUAAAAAGGUUAUUGAAUUAAAACAAAAUGAAAAAUAUCGUAUUGGUAAACUGAAACGUUGUGUUACGAAAUUUGGAGAACGAAUUGUUGCUGAUUUGGGCGAAUUUCAGACUUUCUUCCCAAUGCGAUACAACAAAUUGUCAGACGCUGCAAUAACCGAAAUCAAUCGAGGUUCAUUCAACUUUACCUAUUUAUGUCCGUUAGGACGAACUGCUAGUAUUAAAAUUGAAGAAGAACUGUAAAUUAUUAAAUAAACCUUACAUGUUCUGAGCAUACAUAUUUUGUUUUUAAUUGCCUCUUUUCAUUUCAUUUGCGUAAAAGUGUUUACUUUAUGAGGGGAAGAGUUUGACAGGUUUCAACAUGUUUACCUCUGGUUAAUCAGCGAAAAUAAAUUAAACUGAAUUCAUACAAAAUCAAUAGUAUUUAAAUAUACUUUUAAGGUUUUUAUAUUGGGCAUGUAACAAGUUAUUAAGGCGAGAAAAGCAUAUUACAGUUUCAAAAUCUGUUUGCUAGCUAGAAAACCAUAAAAUACAAACUUAAUAGCAUUUUUUCUUAAAAAAUCAUAGAUACUAAAUUUAUUGGGUCAAAGGAUGGUCAGUAAAUUUAAAAAGAAUAAAUUAUAAACUAUCUUCACGUAUACCAUCAUCAUGUAAACUUACUUUUUAAGUUAUGAGGCCACUAGAAAAUCAGAAAUAUAAAUAUUUUACCAAAAGUAAUAUGUGUCAAUUUUUAAAGCAUGAUGAACAUCAGAAAAUCCUAGAUGAAUAAAUUAUGAUGUAUACUUAUCUACAGUACAUAGUCAGAGAUUCAUUAGAAAAUAAUAAAAUACUAAAUUUAUGAGGUGUAGAUUACUUACUAAAGGGAGUCUGAUUAUCUACUAACUCGGUUUUGAUAUUCAAGAUGUUUGAGCUAUAUACAAACCUAGCUGAUAUAUUCAAAAUAUUCUUAUUCUUAAAGAAUACCUCGCCCCGGUACGACCAAGUGUUCAAUUUUGUUUACUUUUUAAAAAAAAACCCAAAAAUCAAUUCAAUCAUGAAGUCGUUUUUAUGUGAAGUUUGCGGAAAAUCGUUUUCCAAAAAUUUUAAUUUGAAAAGACAUAUGAAAAUUCAUACGUCUUUAAGGGAAUCGGUUAACGGUGAAAAUAAAAACUUUUGCUACGUGUGUGAAAAAAGUGUUAAAAAGGGGCAGUGGAUUGAUCAUGCUAAAACCAAUACUCAUUCGGAAUUGGUUAAGCAAUUAUUUGAGAAAAUGGAUGGCUCGAAAGAAGCUGCCCCUGCAAAAAGAUUAUGUGUGGUGUGUGAUAAAAAUGUGAUCCCAUGUCAAUGGAAUAACCAUUUGAAGAGCAAGGCACAUUUAAAAAUGCAACAAGAACUUUUAUUUGAAGACAGUUCUUUGGAUCAUGAAAUCUUCCAAAACGGUGAUUGCUCGACUCAAGCUGGACCAGCGAAAACGCGUUGCGAAAUCUGCGAAAAAGAUGUUAUAUUUUGUCAGUGGGAUAAUCACUUAAAAAGUAUUGAACACAUCAGUUUG